GGGUGCACUGAAAGACUCAACCCCCUUUUUCUUUCUAUCCUUCUGUUUCUUUUUUUCGCUUAAACAAUAGAGAGAGCGAGCUACAUGCACUGAAUCUGCUUUCAUGCCGUCAGUCUUACGGACUCUGAGAUGGACGUGAGAUUUUAUCCGGCAACACCUUCUACCGUGGGUUCAUGUUCAUUACCAACUGAUUCAAGUUGCCUGAGCUCUUUGGACUAUUACCACUGCAACAAGUGCAGAUUCAGUGUGGCUGAGCGAGGUGUUAGACUCCACAGCACAUUGCCAGUGUGCCCCGACCCUGAUGGGAAAAGACUGCCCUCUGCUGGGUUUGAUGGUGAUAACAUGUACAUGAAUGAAAAUAACCAGGAUUUUCUCUCUCCUAAUCAGAACUACUCUGGUCAGGGUGGGGGAGGCGGCGGAGGUGACGAAGACUACGAGAUUCCUCCCAUUACCCCUCCCAACCAUCCGGACCCCUCCCUGCUGCACCUGAUGGACCCCGAGUCUGCCUACUUCUGCCACCCUCUGCCCCACAAUGGGCUGAUAAACCCUUACAACUACCCAGAGCUGCCUGCCAUCAUGAUGUCCAACAUGCUGGCCCAGGAUGGGCAUCUGCUGUCCAGUCAAAUGCCCUCUAUCCAGGAGAUGACCCAUCUAGAUGGCUCACAUUAUGAUGCCGUCCACCACAACCCCCUGAUAAACAGAUCACCUAGGAUGCUACCCCACCACAUGAGCGCCCUGUCCCAGCUGAGCUCUCAGGUUGGCCUGCGAAGUGCUAUUGCCCAUGCAUCCCCCUCACCUCCAGGAAGUAAAUCCGCCACGCCCUCCCCCUCAAGCUCCGCCCAGGAAGAGGAAACCGAUUCCCAUUUGAAGAUCACCGGGGAGAAGCGCCCCUCCUCGGAGAUGAUUAAGAAGCCCAAGCCCCAGAAGAAGAAGAAGAAGAAGGACCCCAACGAGCCCCAGAAGCCUGUCUCGGCCUACGCUCUCUUCUUCAGGGACACGCAGGCCGCCAUCAAGGGGCAGAAUCCCAACGCCACCUUCGGGGACGUCUCUAAGAUCGUGGCCUCCAUGUGGGACGGCCUGGGGGAGGAGCAGAAGCAGGCAUACAAAAGGAAGACCGAAGCAGCCAAGAAGGAGUACCUGAAGGCUUUGGCCGCGUACAGAGCCAGUCUGGUUUCCAAGAACUAUAGCGACCCCCCGGAAUCAAAGGGAGCCCAGAGCACCCAGCCAUCACACAUGAUGCCCCCCAAGCAGCCCCUGUACAGUGUGCCUCCCCAGCCCUCCUCUCCGUACCUGGGCCCAGGCUCCUUCCCCCUGGCAGACCUGCAGAGCUACGGGGGGCCGCCCCGCCACAACUUGUCCCGGACCCUCAGCCAAUCUCAGAUCCUGUCCGGCAUGAACGCCUCGCCGCCCGCCUCCUUCCAGAUCAGCCCGCCCUUGCAUCAGCAGCUCUCGCUCCACCAGAGCGCCAUCCUCAACCAGCCAAUCCGCAUGCAGCAGGUCCAGUCCCAGCCAAUCAUCCCCCAUCAAUUGGGGCUGCAGGCCCCCCUCCACUCGCCACCGCCGGGCCAGCAGGGAUUCCCAACAAUCCAAUCUGAUUACCAGAACAGUGUUGGCUCCCAGUCCCCAGGGACCCCCAACCCAGUAGCGGGACAGAAUCAGGAGUGGGACAGCGAGUACUGCAAUCGUGAGUGUGGGGCCAACCUCUGCAGCAGUAGCAUGACAGCCAGGGACAAGCCACUCUACCUCACUUAAGGCCUGGAGACUUUGAAAAGAAAAGACACCAGAAAACCAGCCCCCCCCCCAAUCACCACCCACACCCCCCCUCCAAUAUUGUUCCUGCACCCAACAACUUCAAUAUUUGCAAUUUUGUUUGUUUUUAGAGGGACUUCAUUGCAAGUCCUGAAGAUUACUAGUGAGCGUCUUAUUUUGCCAAGCACUUAGAAAAUACUCCCCAGGUAUUAGAACCUCAGUACAGCCCUGUCGCAUCGCUGACAUGGAAAUCCUCCUUUGGGGCUUCCUUCUGGGGUCAUACAGCUUUAAUAUGUAAAGUGUGGUCAAAUCUCUUUUUUACCGCUUGAUCAUUUUCACCGUAGUAUUUUAUUUAUUUCUUGCUUGCCACGUGCUUUGCCAUGGACAGUUUCUCUAGGGAAACACAUAAAGAUUCCCCUUUGGUGUAAGAGUGGCCUCUGUGAAUAUAGUGGAAACAAUGGAACAGAAAAAAAAAUUAAGAUAAAUAAAUGGAAGAUUUUGUAAUAUUAAAGACCUGUUAAGGUUUACCAAUCUGUCACAGUGUGAUUGUAAAUAUCACUUUUAUGGGAUCAAAUUGGGAUUCUCGAGUCCAUGGUUGAUUUUCUUCUUUUAACCACUAGCUGUAAUACCAUGGUUUGUAUUUUCAUUUGUGUGUGUGUGCGUGUGUGUGCGUGUGCUUUGUGACAUAAAUAAAUUGUGCAGAAAUAGUUUUUCAGGAGGACUUCACACACUAAAAAAAUGCAUUAAAAAUUGUGUUCACUAGUGUGCUUCUCCAAUCAAGAGUGGAAUCAGGAAUUAUGUGUCUGGAAUGAUCAUUAAAAGCAACCCUGGCACAUGCACUCUGACUCCAUGAUUCAUCAGGCCUAUGGUGAACCUUGGGUUUCCAUAUUUCCCCAUUUGAUUGGCUCUCGGUCCCCCAGUCAAAAAACAGAAAACAGAAAAAAACUGGUUUUGGUGAUUUUUUUUUUUUUAAGUUAAAUGUGAAAGGCUACUACUACUACAAAAGUAAAACUUAAAAGUGGAUUUAUAGUUUUCAGGUAGUUUUGCUUGGUGUUUCAGAAUUGUGUUAAUAUCAUACUUUUUUUUUUUUUUUUACAGAAAAAAAUAAUAAUGCAUUUCAUUUCUGAGAUAAUUUUAUAUUCACUGUAGCAUUUUUUGGGGGAGAGGAGUUAAGUUUUUGGGGAAUGGAAAAAUGAAAACAUUGUGUAAAAGUCUGCCAAAAGUAGCUCAUUUAUCUGUAAAGCCGGUUAUGAUUAUUAAUUUGUAUCUUGUAAUUGAUUAUAGUACUUUUUCCCCACAAUUUGCCCAUCUUUUAUUUAAUUAUAUUAACUGGUUUCCUAUCUAUUUAUGAACAGUAUGACAAAAUAACUUUUUGGCUUUUUAACAAUGGUGCAUUAUUAUUUUUUUAAAUCUGUGUUCAUUCGAUAAUAAUGAUUAUUAUUUUUACAUUUCUUGGUUCUGGUGUUUAUGUUUCCUUGCCAGCGAGUUCAUUUUUGUCAUAAUGCUUCUUUUAUUUCAAUUGUCCGUAAUAAAAAUGUUAAAAGUGUA